UUUAUUUAGCUCAACCUUGGUUUGCGUGAAGUUAAUGCGCCAUUCGCUGCUCAUUGUGGAGGGGUGUGAGGAGACAGGCCUGUGCCUUGGGCCUGUGAAUUUUCGUGGGAUUUGAAUUUUGAUGUGGUUUAACCUGUCAUUCUAAAUUAUAACGCUGUGAAGGUGCUGCUCCAUUACCAGCCGACCACUAUCUGCCGAGGGCUGUCCCUCGGCCAUGUCGCCCCGUGGCUGUCAUCAGUCACACCUGCUGGUGGCCGUCACAGCCCUCAUAUGGUUCGGGACAACACUGCCUGCUGCUGCUGACAUCUACGUCAUCGAUGAUGAUCGCAAUGCCACAGUGCUGUCAAUGGAUGAUGCACCAUCCGCCUUUGGCCCUGUGGUCAAUGUAAAUGGACUAGAGGGUCCCCUGGUGAUCAGUGACCCGCCCAACGCCUGCGGCGCUCGCCUGAACGUCAGCGCGCCGACUACAGAUCGGAUCUGGGUGCUGCUGAUCGAGCGUGGCGAUUGUCAGUUCCAGAGCAAAGUGCUGAACGCGCAGAACGCCGGCUUCGGCGCGGCCAUCGUCUAUAAUGUCGGCUCGAAUGCCAUCACACCGAUGCACGGCAAUGGGGCACAAGAGGUACGCAUUCCGUCAUUUUUCGUCGGUAUGACGGAUGGACUUCGAUUGACUCGGUACACCAACGCGUCACGGUAUCACCUUCGCAUCACCAACAGUUACCCGUUCGACUUUGCCGACUACCUGAUCCCGUUCGCUGUGGUGAUCGCCGUCUGUUUCGUGGUGCUCGUCGGUAUAAUGCUGUACCGGUGCUGGGCGGACCACCGCCGGCUGACCCGUCACCGGCUGCCCAAGCGCGUUCUGGACGCCCUGCCCGUGGUCAAGUUCGACAAGGCGGUGCACACAUACGACACGUGCGCCAUCUGCCUGGAUGACUAUGAGGACGGCGAGCAGCUGCGCAUCCUGCCCUGUAACCACGCGUACCACACCAAGUGCGUGGACCCGUGGCUCACGCGCUCGCGGCGCGUCUGUCCCGUGUGUAAGCAGCGCGUGCGGCUGGCCGGUGACCCGGAGGCGGGCGCCGGCUCCGACUCCGACACGGCCAACACAGACACGGAGCGCGAGCCACUGAUCGCGCGACGACAGAGGCGAUACGGAUCGACGGCACCGGGUCGGGAGCGGUCGUCGUCCGGAGCCAGUGGAUCUCGCCAGGACUCUGACGGCGUGCAGCCACCGCGCCGUCCCCACCGGUCGUCUCGCCGCCUGCGGAGACACCAGCGCGCGCUGGCUGCCGCCCGGCCCGCCUCGGCUCCGGCCCCGUCCGCCCAGCCUUCUGACACCCUGGACACACUGCAGGAGGAGGAGCCUACGUUCAUUGUACCGGCCGCUGAGGGCCCGUCGGCUGCCGGGCCGUCCAGUGUCGAGCCGCCCAGCCUGCCACGGCGCCAGGGACCGGCGGCCCGUGGCUACCGUCCUCUCGACGACCAGGACUCAGACGACGAACCGGUCCCCGCCUCUGGCACCGAGGUGGCGGCGGCCGGCCGUCCGGCGGAGCAGCCCGCUCCCAUCGAGCCGCGCGUGGUGGUGGUGACACCAGAGAGCGGCGGACGGCCGCGCGCGCCCUCCGCCGACUCCGCCGGCCGGCAGCCGCGCGUGGUGACCGUCGACGCCGACGAGGAUACCGACGGUUCCGACGGAGGGGCUGCCGGGGAGCGUGUGUGAGACGUGCAGGCGAGAAGUGCCGGCCGUGGCACUGAGAGAGGAUACGGGCAUAGCGGCGACGUGCCCGCUAGUGACGGGGAUGAAGGAGGCGGCCGCUGUCUGCGACUGGACCCAGUUGGACACUGCUAAGGGUGAAGAUGGCACUGUGGAAUGCUGCUGAGGUCACUCCUUCUUAGGUGACUGCCUGAGGCAGGUAGCCUGCACUGUAACCGCCACAGAGGCUGAUGUGUUGACUGUGGGCCGCCAUGUAGAUUUCCAUCCGUCGUGACAGCGGAGAGUGCCAUUACCCCGACUCCUUACGCCCCUCAGCCAAGGCGAACGCCGAACGCUGAUUAGGUGCCUGACCCUAGCCACGAGCAGGUGAACCACAGUGCGACGAGCAAGUGUGCCCAUUGAGCGGGCUGCGACCGCCGAGAGAUUGUAUGACAGGCACUCUGGUUAGCCUUCCGAGCACCGCCUGGGUAUAAUAUGCUGUCCUGUUUUACGUGUUGUGAGCACUGAACUGCAGUGUGUAUGUUUGUUUAAAUGUAACUCUCAUUUUGGUACCCACGUAUGGUCCAAGGCUAGGCUUAUUUGCCUUUAACGGAGCGUUUUUAUCAUUAGAGUCAUCAUAUUCGUACCGAUUUAAGGUUGCAAUCCUUGUCAGUAUGUUUUAUCUUGUAUUACUAUAGCUGGGACGACGCAUUACGACCGCGGUGUGACGCUGGCGGUCGGCUGCGUCACGAAUAGCUCAGUCACUACCAUUGUUACGAUCGGCUCGUGACGAUUCCGUGACGGUCAGCUGCGUCCCGUGUUGCCGUGAGCGGUCACGCAGCGUCUGUGUCGUAGCGCGAGUGGUGUGUGCGUCCCUGGUCAGAGUGGUAACGGGUAGAGUCGGUGGCUGUGUGGUCCUGUAUGUCAGAUAACAGACUGUCAGCCUGUCACUGCGGGCUGUCACCCUGUCACUGCGGUCUGUCAGCCUGUCACUGCGGUCUGUCACCCGGUCACUGCGGACUGUCACCCUGUCCAACUCCCGGGUCAGUCUCCGCUCGCGGGCUAUGGCAGCUGGCGACGGUAGAUAGCCGGCCGGUCUGUACCACUAACAGCAGAAGCGGAGCGCCGCGCCGCCGGCGCUGCAGCUCCGCCGUGACGCGGCUCGAACAGCUGUGUAAGUGUCAGCGAGUCUGAGUCAGCACAGUGACGUAUCGCUCCGUCUGUCUGACGACGGAGAGGGCUAUCGGUGGAAUGCAGCGGGCCGACUGUGUAAAUGGGUUUUUCACACCGUUUUAGUGAGUGUAUGAUGUGCGGACGACUGUUUGGGACAUUAGAAACUUCUUAAAGUGUUGCCUAACCGUUUGUCUGCUGCCAUCCCGACGGGGUAUGAACUAGUGACAUAGCUUUAGAGCAUAUGUAUGUGCAUACAUUGUAUCCAUGCAAAUGAUUAACCGAAUAAAGUCUCGAUCAUCCGUCA